AUGCCGAAAGUAGUAUCGCGUAGUAUUGUUUGUUCCGACUCGAAAGACAAGGAAGAAUACAAUGAAACUGGACCGCUUAAUAUAUACUACUGUUUGUGUGGACAAAUGAGUUUAAUUUUAGAUUGUACACUGGAGAAACUACCUCUGAGACAGUUGGAUGGCGCCCGCGUGAUAGACAGUGCACGCCACGCAAACAAAGUGAAUGCAGAUCCGAGCGAAACCGUCUUCAUCCAACGGGAGGCGGGCAUCGAGAAGCAGCAUCGGCUGAAGUGCAAAAAGUGCGGUUUGCCAUUGUAUUACCGGCACAGCAACGAUCCGCAGGUGACGUUCGUCAUACGCCGAGCACUGGUAAAGUGCAAGAGUGAGGCUAAAAUUUCGGAGAUUAUUAAAACGCCAAGCACAAGCCUCAACCCCACGCUGGAACCGAAGAAGGUGAUGGUUACAAAGCACACGAAGAAUAUGGGCAAGUUUAGCUCGGUGACCGUAUCCACCAUCGAUGAGGAGGAAGACGAAAUCGAAGCUCGGGAAGUGGCGGACAGUUAUGCGAACAAUGCUCGCAUCAUCGAAAAGCAACUCGAGCGAAAGGGCGGUAAAACGAACGAAGAUGUAUUGAAGGAGAAAAUCGAACCACCACCACCGAAAAAGACGCGCGGAACAUUGCUCGACACAUAG